AUGUCAUCACGUGAUAAAACUAUAGAAGAAAUGCAAUUCUCACUUGAUACAGUCACUAAUUGGGCACGUGCAAAUUGUGAAUGGGAUAAAAUUUAUCAACAUAUAGUUUUAAAUCCAGCAAAUUUUUUUAUUAUAUCACCUGGACGUCGAUGGUCUAUUGCUCAUCAAGUUGUUCAUCAUGGGAAUGUCGAUCUUUUCAAACGUUUUAUUGUACUUUAUUCUGAUGAUAAUAUUGAUAUACGUGUUAAAACAAAAGAUAAUAAAACAUUUCUUGAUAUUGCUAAAGAACAACAAAAUAAUCAUCCAAUAAUGUAUACAUAUAUUGAACAUUUAUUUUUACAAGAUGAAUUAAUGGAACAAGCAAAGCAAUCAAAUUGGCGUGAAAUUAUUGACAUACUUGAAAAAGAUAAUAAAUUAGUAAAUGAAAAACCACCAUAUUCACCUUGUUUUCUUAUACAUUAUGCUGUUAAAAGUGGUGAUACACAUAAUUUACAAGUAUUAAUUGAUCAUUAUAAAUGUUUAACAAAUGUAAGAAAUGAUGCUGAUGAAACACCUUUAGAUAUGGCUAAAAGACUUAAUAAACAUGAUAUGUGUUCUAUACUUGAAUCAAAAACAGUGAUAAAAAAAGAUAUUUCUUCAACACCACAAUCAUCAACAUCAACACAAAAUUUAGAUCGAUCAGAUCAACGAUCAUCAUAUGAGCCUUCAUCGAAUAAAAUUCAACAUGUACCAUCGCCAAUCAAAUCUCUUCCUUCAUCAUCAACAACAACUGAUACAUUCAAUCAACAACUUUCUCCUAUUGGAUUUGGUAAUAUUGUAAAUGAUAUUAUUCAAAAUAAUGUUUUCCAAUUUGAACAAUCAGAUCAUAAACAAUCAACAAUUCCAUCUAGAGAACAACAAUCAAAUCAUAAACAAUCAACAAUUCCAUCUAAAGAACAACAAUCAACAUCAUCAUCAUCAUCAUCAUUAUUAUCAUCAUCUCCAAUUAAACAUGUUGAAGUCAGAAAAUCGAUUAUUAGUGAAUGUCCAUUGACUGAUGUAAAUUCAACAUCAAAUGAACAAUCAACAAAAGAUGUGCAAUAUUCAACGAUUCCUUCAAAUUCAACAUCAAAUUCAGUAACUGAACAAUUUAUGAAAGCUUUUAAAUGUCCUUUAACUGGAAAAUUUUUUGUUGAUCCUGUUAUUGCUAGUGAUAAUCAUACAUAUGAACGAUCAGCUAUUCUUGAUUGGGUUAAAUUACAUCAUUCUUCACCAACAACUGGUAAACCAAUGGAUGCAACAGUUCAAGAUAAUAUUGCUAUUAAAAAAGUUCUUCAAACAAUACCAAGACAAAGUUGA